AUGUCCAAACUGUGGCCUAUAGUCUUUGUUCCCCAUGCCCCUCUAACGGCGGCUACUCUUGAGAACCAGUUAAUGCUGCAGCUUGGUCAAUACUCAGAUGCUGUAGUCAAGUGUGGUACAUCCAGCUGGAAUGUUCACUUGAACAUUGUAGCCACCCGAUGUGGGUGGUUUGAACAACAGUUCGCGGAAGCUCGAUCCCGCGGAAGUAAUGAGGUGGUCGUCCCGACAAAUCCAUAUGUAGCCUACAAGAUCCUCAUCUGGAUCUAUACGAAGACCCUAGAUCUUCACGAAGAAUUCAAGGGUUUUAACAAUGCUAUCUAUGCGGAUAUCAUCAUAUGGGAUAUGGCACGCCAAAUGACUAUGCUUGAUCUGAUGAAGGCUUGUCAGGAGAAGUUGAAGGGUUAUCUUCGACAUAUUGCUGUCUCGAUUCAGCGAAUGAAAUGCAACGGUCAGGUACCAGUGCAGGAGCUAUUUGGCGUCCUCUCUGGUAUAGGCUUCGCGUAUGAAAAAGGUCAAGUCGCCCUAAAGAACAUAUUCCUCAAUUUCGUUCAGGACAGUCAACUCUGGGUUUUGGAUGUCCCCCACUUCCAGACGAACAUGGCCACAAUCCCAGAAUUCCAGAAGGAUGUCGCUGAUCUCGUUGACAAAUCCCCUGGAUUACGAUCGUUCAAACCAGAUGUUUGUACCCAGUGCAACAAGAACCCUUUCGCAGAGGAAGCCUCUUCACACUACGCGGAGAUCAAAUGUGAAGACGGCGAAUUCACUGCUAUUUGCUACCGCUGCCAGCAAAAGAAGUUUUCCCAGAACCGAAAGGCAUCAGAUGUCGUUGCUAAGGGUCUAGUUCACUACCAUUGA